GACUGACUCUCUGCUUCCUUCUACAACCAUGUAUUUAUAAGACACAUCAACCCGAACAAACAUGGGUGAGUUUCACUCUAUGGCUUACACUAUCCGCAGUCUCCAUAGCCCUUCCCUAGGUUGGGAUCUUCAAAACCUUGGAGUUCUCAACGCGGACAUGUCUUUAGUUAUGGAUGCAACUGCCCCAUUCUUUCCACAUCUAGACUCUGAUCUCUCUUCUGGGUACCUGGAAGAUGCCUUACUUGAAUUCAGUGAACGGUCCAAAAGAAGACGCCUGUUGUACAGUGAUCAUGAUCAACCCAAUGGCUUAAAUGAUCUUGCAAUGAGCUACUGGAAUUCUAGCUACAACUGGGGCCUUUCUGAGAAUUUCAGCUGCAUGAGCCAAUUAACAAGCAUUAAUGGAGUUUCAGAAGAACCAAUGAGCACAUCUGUGAGCAGUGAAGAAGCAAACAUUGUUACAGAGAUAAAAACACCAGAAGAAGCAAUAUCAUGCAGCCCUGAGGCUCUUGAUGCAUCAUCCUCUUCUUACAAAGGAUCAGUCAAGUCCAAAUCCUUUUUUAACAAAGACAACCAAUUUUCCACUGACCCCAUAUCUUCUUCUGGAAGUGAUGAUAAGAAGAAGAAAAGGGUGAUAACAAGGGUUGUGUAUCCAUUUGCAUUAGUGAAGCCUGGAGGGAUUGAAGGCGACAUGACCCUAAACGACAUUAAUGAAAGGAUUCUAAUGCCACCAACAAGGCCAGUAAGGCACCCAGUGGGGGACUUUGCUUACAGGCCAUGCGUAUCUGCUGAUGGUCCUGGCCUUUCUGGAAAAGCUGUGGUGGCCCUUACCAAAAUACACACUCAAGGGAGAGGCACGAUUACUAUUAUUAGAACCAAAGGUUAAGGAAUUUUAGUCAAUUGAAUUCUGAUACUGUUUGCUUUUACUUCAGCAUAGCUCAUGCUUUUGUUUGAAAAUUGUAUAGGAGGAGGGAUGAAUGAAUCAUGCAUGAAUGUAAUAUAAUCCACUUUUUACACAUUAUGGUUACUAUUAUUUGUUGGAUUUUGAUGCUUAAAUUAGUU